AAAAAAGUCGGGUACAAAAUUGAAAUGUGCUGGCAAUGUAAUUUCAUAAAAAAGAAAAAUAGAUAGGUAGACAAAUGAAGGUUUGAAGUUGAAGGGCAAAAAGUUGCGCCGUACUCCUUCUCCAUAGUCGACAAUGGCUUCAAAUCCCAAAACCUUGACUUUUGAGGAGGUGUCUAAGCACAACCACAAAAAGGAUUGCUGGAUCAUUGUCAAUAGAAAGGUGUAUGAUAUCACCCCAUUUUUGGAUGACCAUCCAGGAGGUGAUGAAGUUUUGGUGACGUCAACAGCGAAGGACGCCACCAUUGAUUUUGAAGAUGUGGGCCACAGUGAUUCUGCCAUAGAAAUAAUGGAAAAAUACUAUAUUGGGAACUUUGACACUUCCACUCUUCCUGCCAACGUUAACCAUAGACAGCCACCACCUACACAAGCUCACGGCGGUGGCAAUCAAUCUUCUGAAUUUGUUGUAAAGAUCUUGCAAUUCCUGUUGCCUUUGGUGAUAUUGGGCCUUGCCUUUGCUCUGCGGUCGUAUGGCAAAGAGAAGCAGGCAGCACCACAUGAAAGCUGAACUUAGGCUAGAGCCGAAGUUUCAGUAGGUUUACUAAUUCAUUGCCGAUAACUGGUUAUACUUUGAUCAAUGUUGUUUCUCUGUACUUAAAAUUCGUCACCCCACCCAACACUAUGUAGGGCCCUUGAUGCACUCUGGUCUCUUGACUCAGUCAUACUUGUUCCUUUAAACAAUUGGUUUAAACUCUCAUUUGUCAGCUUUUGAUUGA